CCCCGUUUCAACACAUCCAUACGAAGGAACGAACGAUAUUAACGCGGGGGGAAGUGCCAAGAAGUAGUCUUUCUACAUCACCUCAUCUGCCUUAAUUCUCACGUAACAAAAGUUGGAAAACCUACCUCUACCUACCUGCCUUACCUCAACUUCCACUUGCCGCCACGUCGACGACGUCCAGCUCUUCCGGGCAUCGCAACAACUUGAAAAGAUACUAUAAGACUAAAACCGCCUGCCCGAGAAAUAGUGACAUUCGCAGCAAGAAGGAAGAUGUCCAAGCUUUCCCCCUCUCUCAAGGGCCUCAUCAACGCGCCCUUUGCCCGGCCUGGUCCGACGCCGGCGCCGCGCAACAUUGAGGCCGUCUACACCAAGAUCGCAGAUGAAGCUCGCGAGAGAAAAUACGGCGAGAAGCCAUGGCUUGCGCUUUCAGCAGCAGCAACUUUUACCCUCAACUCGCCCUCCUCCUUAGGACCCCUCCUCACACUCGCCUCCUCUCGAUGGCCUUCUUCUUCUUCUUCCCCUUCCUCUUCAGCACUCCUCGCCCCCGCCGAAUUCAUCCGCGAAAUCGGCCUCAAAUGCAUCUCCUUCAACGGCAUCCCCCGCACCAUCAACACCCUCAACUCCUUCCGGUCCCACCUCUCCUCCGCCCACCCUGACCUCUCCCCGCACCUAUCCAGCACCCCGACCCGCCAAACCACUCCCUCCAACAUUUCCGCCGUCCACGCCCGCGGUCGUCAGCUCUGGGAAUCCAUCUACACCCCCCUCGACACCAAACUCGAAGCCAAGCUCGCCGAAGCCCACCCCGAUUUACCUGUGCAUAUCCUCGGUAGCCAUUACGGACCGCUACUCAGUGAUCCCCCCUCCGGAAAGAAUGGGUUGGACAGUAAAGUGGGCAGGAGUCUGACGAGCGUGGUGGCCAUUGCGUGUUUACGUGCGCAGACGGGCGUGGGGCCACAGGUGUUGUCGCAUGUGUUUGGACUUCGGAAGGCGGUCGAGCAGGGGGCGCAUUUGCAUGAGUUUGCUGCUGCUGCUGCUGGUCAGUCUGGUGGUGAGGGGAGUGUAAAAGGGGAAAAGGAAAGGAAAAGUGAGGAGGAGGCGGAGGGGAUCGAGAGAUUGGCUAGUGAUGAAGGGUGUGAGUGGAUUUUGAGGAGCGUGGAUGCGAUUAGUGAAGCGAUGGCGGCGGCGGCGGCGGCGCAGGAUGGGAACAUGAACGAGGGAGGGUUUGCUUCGCCGAUGAGGAAGAGGGAGAGUAAGCUGUGAGAUAUCCAUGCUAACUGGAAGCUAUUUCGACUGAUGAUUUGAUCUUGAACUUCCGUCCGGUAUAUAAACCCUUCCCAAGUCCUAAUCCACACCACCAAUAUACGCAGCACUGGCGGCUCAAUGGAUGAGUGCUGUAAAGGGAACACACAACAAACUUCAGGCGCCAACUCUCGGCCGGAGGGCAGUGACAACCUGAAGUGCAAGAUCCUCACAAUCAGUCGACGUUGGAAAAAUGCCGUUUUCAUGGCAUAGCUUACUUUAUUUCAAUUUAGAGGUAGCUACACAGCAUUAGAAAACGAAACCCCGACAAGGACUCUUAAUGACAAUCUGUUGUCCUUUCU